AUGUCCGCAACCAUUCACUUAGACAAUGCACAUACCCACUUCACCAACCUUGAUUUUCUCUCCGGAAGAGUUGCGCUCCAUUUGCCUACGGAAGCGGCAAUAGGUGGGAUACAAGUGAAACUCGAAGGAGAGAGUCGGACGCGCCUUUCAGGCCCACGAAAUCCGCACCAUGAGCAGUCAGACAAGAAGCGGACGGAGCUUGAAGUCCACAAGAUCUUGUACAAAGUGGUCACAGUGUUCCCAACUCCGGAGGUUUUUAAUCAAAAGACUCAAAAUACGGCAUACACCUUCGCCGCUGGGACAUAUGAAUAUCCCUUUCAAUUCAAGUUCCCUUUCAACAAUACGUGCAGCACCCAAAAUAGUAUGCUUACAAAUUUGAAUAUCACGGGCCUAAAAGUCGAGAUGGCUAGGGAUACGAAUCGUCAUGUCAAGAAAACACUACCUCCGUCACUAAGCGGAUUUCCGGGCGAGGCGGAUAUUAAGUACUAUCUGAAGGCGACUAUCAUUCGACCCCAAUUCUAUAAAGAAAAUAUUAGAGCGAUCUAUAACUUGAAUUUUCUUCCGAUCGAACCCCCUAGGACGGGUAAUCCUAAUGAAGAAACAUAUGCGAGACGUCAUCAUCAGUUUACACCACCUCUGCCUCCGUCCAAGACGAGGAAGGGUUUAUUUCAAAAGGUCUCAAGCCCCACCGUCAACGACACACCUAUGGACUCCCCUCGUGUAUCUGCAGAUAUAAGACUACCGAACCCGUCUAUUCUCACAUGUAAUGAGCCCAUACCAUUGCGAGUGUUGGUCAACAAGGUGUCGGAGUCGUUCGAAACUAUCUUCCUGCAGAUGCUGCAGAUUGAACUGAUUGGCUACACCCAUAUCCUAGCCCACGACCUCAGACGGACGGAAAGCGGCAGUUGGGUUAUCAUAAGCCGGAGUAAUAUGGCCAUUCCUCUUGGCAGGGGAGGCGAUCCAGCAGGCACUGAAUGGACCAUAGACCCUAAUAUGUGGAAUCGCGUACCUCUUCCGAGCUCGGUGGCGCCGAGUUUUGAAACUUGCAAUAUCUCAAGGUCUUAUGAACUUGAGGUACGAGUCGGCUUGACUCAUGGCAGCGUUGGAAAUAUGAGACCUCAGCUCAUCGUACUUCCGUUAAGAAUGCCCGUCAAGGUUUACUCUGGAAUCGCUCCGCCGCAGGCCCUUCUGGAUGCUAUGGCUACCACCGGACGUGUCAAACCGAUGGAGUCUCACUCCGUCCCGAGCCUGCCUUCGGGCGAAAGUAGUGUGCGCCCACCGAUGCCGCCCAGACCUUCUGCGCCUCCGGUGCCCGCCAGUUCCGAGGAAACCUACGACGAUGCGCCUCCCAGCUACGAGGACGCGAUGGCAGAGAGCCUGGGUCCCGUCGAUGGCCCCCGUCGAGAGUAUAACCCACCAGAUUCCUCCUCUCCCGGAAGAUCCGUUGAAUCUGGAGCUGAUCCGAGACCGUCAGUUUACCGAGGAAAGGAUCCUGAGGCCCGGACCCCUUACGCCAACCGUGAAGCGAAUUCAUCCUCGGAGUCCUUCGACAUGCUUCCCUCAACUCCCCCGGAGUCCCAUUCCGGAUCGCCCCCUGCCUCUCCCGUUGCCCGCCAGCAGAGUAUUCUUAAGAUUCAGAAGGUCGCGCCCCCUCCGGAAGAUAAUCCUCCUCAGUAUCAGUCCAUAGCGGAAGGCCACCUUCAGCAAACCCGCAGCCAAGCUGAGCGGAGGCCAUCGAGAUCUGAUUUCCGCCCCAAGAAUCUCGGAGUCCCUAGUAGAAAACCGGUGCCUCGAAGUCCAAGCUCUGGACAUGGCUGA